AUGAUUCGUAUCACGCCCAUCCUCCUCCCUGUUCUCCUUUUAUUCUCUUCGCUUUGCGCUAAUGUCCUAGCUGGUUUGACUUUACAAGAAGAUACUAUCAGUUAUACAGAUGCAUCGACAAUAAGCCUUACCGCUUCACCUAAUGCCGCAAUUGAGUACACCUCCGAUAAUGAUGCGAUUACUAAUACCCCCGAACCUGCAAACAACAUUGCGGGAAUUUUGUUCGGUGUCUCUGGCACAUGUUCGCCAAGUAACAUCCAAACCAUUCCACUAUUGUCCACCAUUCCAUCAAGCGUUAAUAAUUCAAGGAUCGCUCUCUUUAAGCUUGACAAUUCGUGUUCAAUCUACGAUCAGAUAUUCAACGUACAGAAAGGUGGUGCCAUUAGUGCGAUCGUCUAUAUCGAAGGGGCUUCUUCGAAUGGAACUUCGACCACCGUUUCACCAAGUGAUAUAAAGAUUCCUGCAAUUAGCAUCAAUGCCAAUACGUUUAAUGCGUUGACAAAGAAUUUGAACGAUACCGCUGGCCAACCAUCCCAGUUGAUUCGCGUCGUGAUGAUCCCUUCACAAAGAAACUUUGGUAGUGCAUGGCAGAUCGCCAUUGUUGUCAUUGGUUCAUUACUGGCAAUAUCUUUUUUGGUGUCUGUCUUAAUCCACUGUCGUCUGUACCAACUUAGGCGACGCGAGCGUAACAUCAUGAUUGCCCAACAAGAAGCUAACAUCAAUGCCAAACAACAAAUGUACACAUUAGAGAAGUCGAUCGUCAAAACUUUCCCGACCAUUGUCUACCGAAAGGGUGGCGAUGAUCAGAACGAGGACCCAUUUGAACUGGUUGGUGCUUCCAUCUCUGGUGUCGGUUCAUCCAAGAGCAAAAUGAAUGAUGAACACGUCACCGAUGCCUGCGCAAUUUGCUUGGAAGAGUAUGAACAUGGUGAAACAUUGAGACAAUUACCUUUGUGCUCUCACUCAUAUCACAAAGAAUGUAUUGAUCGCUGGUUGACUACCAAGUCGUCUCAUUGUCCGCUAUGCAAACAAGACUCUACACCUCCUGAGGUUGCCAAGAAGAGAGAGAAGAGAUUUAAGCAAAACAUGGAAGUACAAUCCAGACUUGACACCAUCUACAAUACAUCAAACGAUCGCGGCAGCAGCCGGGAUGGCGACGAUGCGGGAACUGGUUCCUCAAAAUUCGGUCGCAUCCUUGAUUUGCUCGGCUACGGAACCGGUGGUCAUGAUGUUAAUAUUCACGUGAGACCAAAUGGCGAUGGUUUAUUCGCAGUGCAAGACUUACAUUCGACUAGACAAGAUGGUGUGGCGAGAAUUGUAUAA